AUGUUGUCUAUGCCUCCGUGUCCAGAUAGAUUGAAGAUGACCGUCUUGUUUUUUCUUGGUUGGGUUAUCAGAGGAAAGCUGAAGGAUGAUGGACAUUUAGACAUCUUCAUAUUAAGGAUGAUGGACGAUUUAGAUGCUUGCAGAUCAUUUCCAUGGGGUUGUCUAACAUUUGAGGAUGCAAUAAAGGAGAUUAAGCACAUGAUGAACCAUCUGAAGGGUGAAGUGAAAGAGUGUUUCAUAAUUCCUUUAGAGGUUCUGGCUUUUGAGUGUAUUCUGGAUCUGGAGAAAACGUUUAGAAUCUAUUCAGACGAUGCUAGUGAAGACUGUCCAAGGAUGUACACGAGCCGGUUUACAAAGUCCAGUGUUAGGGGUUAUCCUUUGGAAGACAUAUAUGCUGCGGUUGGGGACACAAAGGUUAUCAAUAGUGUGUUAGUUCCAACUAUUGGUGAGCAAAUUAUGCUGGCUCGUAUCAUUGAUGAGGAACGAGAGUAUGACCGCCAGGGCAGCCCAAAGCUAUAUGAGUUAGAUCAAGCUGCACGAGGAGUGUUGCCAAAAAAGAAAGACAAAGAAAAGGUGACGUUUGCAGAAGGAUCAUCCUCUAAUUCUAGUUUAGAUUCGAGGUUGCAAGGUAUGGAAGAGAGGAUUUUGGAGUUCAUGGGAGAAGGAUUUGUUGGACUUCACGUAACGAUGGAGACAAAGCUAGAGUCUCUAGGCUCAAGGAUGAGUGAUAUUAAAAAGAACCAGCGACUUUUGAGAAGAAGGACUAAGAAAAUAGAAGACAUGCUAACUUCUAUUGAGAGUAAGAUGGAGCCGAGUCCUGAUGAAGACAUGGAUUUUCGACAGUGGGACUGCAAUACACAUGAAGAGAAGGACAAAGCUAAUGUUGAGCAAGAGGCUGCGAGAAAAAAAUGA